ACAGCGAUGCCCAUCACUUCCAGAGUCCGGGGCCUGCAUCCCCGACACCGUCACUCCAGCUCCUGCAGCCCUUUGAGCCAGCUCUUGCCUGGCUCCGUGGAGCCACCGUCCAUCAAGGGCCUGUACUACCGCAGGGCCCGGAAGGUGGGCGCGCUGGACGCCUCCCCCACGGCGGACCUCAAGAAGGAGAUCCUGGUGAACGUGGGGGGCAGGCGGUAUGUGCUCCCCUGGAGCACGCUGGACGAGUUUCCCCUGAGCCGCCUGAGCAAGCUCAAGUUCUGCCGGAAUCAGGAGGAGAUCGCGCAGCUCUGCGACGAUUACGACGAGGACAACCAGGAGUUCUUCUUCGACAGGAGCCCCAGCGCCUUCGGGAUGAUCGUGAGCUUCCUGGCGGCCGGCAAGCUGGCCCUCCUGCGGGAGAUGUGCGUGCUGUCCUUCCAGGAGGAGCUGGCCUACUGGGGCAUCGAGGAGGCCAACCUGGAGAAGUGCUGCCUGCGGAAGCUGCUCAAGAAGCUGGAGGAGCUGGCCGAGCUGCGCCGGGAGGAGGAGUCCCUGCAGCGCCAGAGGGAGGCGUGCGGCCCCGCCGUGGACACCUCGCGCUGCGGGCUCUGCAUGAACUGGCUGCGGGAGAUGGUGGAAAACCCGCAGUCGGGGCUGCCCGGGAAGGUCUUUGCCUGUCUGUCCAUCCUCUUCGUGGCCACCACGGCGGUCAGCCUGUGUGUCAGCACCAUGCCCGACAUGAGGGCCGAGGAGGACAAGGGGGAGUGCUCUCAGAAGUGCUACUACAUUUUCAUCGUGGAGACCAUCUGCGUGGCGUGGUUUUCCCUGGAGUUCUGUCUGCGGUUUGUCCAGGCCCGCAACAAGUGCCAGUUCUUCCAGGGGCCCUUGAACAUCAUCGACAUCCUGGCCCUCUCCCCCUACUACGUGUCCCUGGUGGUGUCCGAGGAGCCCCGGGAGGACGACGAGCGGCCCGGCGGGAGCUUCUACCUGGAGAAGGUGGGGCUGCUGCUGCGCGUGCUGCGGGCGCUGCGCAUCCUCUACGUGAUGCGCCUGGCCCGCCACUCGCUGGGGCUGCAGACGCUGGGCCUCACCGUGCGCCGCUGCACGCGCGAGUUCGGCCUGCUCCUCCUUUUCCUCUGCGUGGCCAUCACCCUCUUCUCCCCUCUGGUCUACGUGGCCGAGAACGAGUCCGGGCGGGUCCUGGAGUUCACCAGCAUCCCGGCCUCCUACUGGUGGGCCAUCAUCUCCAUGACGACGGUGGGCUACGGAGACAUGGUCCCGCGCAGCGUGCCGGGCCAGAUGGUGGCCCUCAGCAGCAUCCUGAGUGGGAUCCUCAUCAUGGCCUUCCCAGCCACGUCCAUCUUCCACACCUUCUCGCACUCCUACUUGGAGCUCAAGAAGGAGCAAGAGCAGCUCCAGGCCCGCCUCCGCCACCUGCAAAAUGCCGCCACAGCCAGUGAGCGCGAACUCCUGAGUGACGUGGACGACCUGAUCCUGGAGGGACCCACCUCCCCCAUCAAAUACAUUUAG